UGUCCUAGCAACCAGAAACUGAGCUAAGCUCCAGCCAGGACAGAGGCCAUUCCUCCCUGACUGUUGUGACUCGUCGCCUUUCUUGGCCUCAGAAUACCUGUCUUUGCAGUUCUUGGGACCACUGAAAGCUGCCACUUGUCCCCAGGGACGCCCAGAACCCCACCCUGUUCACUGUGCUGCUUGUAGAAUGAGCUUCUCACUCACAUUCACCGAGCUGGCCAACAUUGCCAUUCCGCAGUGCGGGGUGGUGAACUUUAAGGCCCUGCACCUGCUGCUGCAGGGCAUCCUGGAGCACAUCCACAUGGCUGAACUGAAGAAGGUCCUCUCAGGGGAUGAGGACUUCCUCCAGACCUCGCAGGUGGUGCUCGUGCCCAGGGAAGGCGACGCCCAGCCCAUCGUCAACCCCAUGAAGAGACUCAGCAACGUCUUCGACCACGUGGUGAGCCGCAUCGACAAGAUGGAGAACCAGCUCGCUGUGCUGCAGGACCUGCCCACCACCUCCCAGCUGCUGGAGGGCAGCCAGGGUGCUGGCCGGCCCGCCCAGGACCUGUGGCACCUGAUCAAGCUCCGGAAAAUGGUGGAGGGUAACGAGGAAGCCUUGUCAAAGUGUGUGAAGACCCUGCAGGAUUUGCUCACUGACCUCUGUGCACUCAAGACCACCGUGGAAAUGCUCAGGAAGGAUGUGAAUAUGCUGAAGGACCUGUGUGAAAAGAUGCACCCAGAAAAAAUAGACAUGCUCCGUGAAGAUGUGAAAGUGCAGAACCAGAAGGUGACCAUGCUGCAGCGGGAACUGGUUUCUCUCCAGAAGAAGAUUUGCUCCAUCCCCAAACCUGAGGACCUGGUGCUCUGGAGCGGCCUCCACGAGGCCAUGUUCACCUCGGGAGUCCCUCAACCGAGGUUCACUGAUGACCUGUGGCAGACCGCUGAGCAGCUCUCGGAGGACGACCGUGCAGAGACCCCUGAGUUCCUGGAAACUUUCGGGCCCCUCUUGGUCUCGGAGCCCAUCCAAGGCACCGAGCUCCUGCAGACCGUCUGGCAUUACGAUACCCCAGAGCUCCUGCAAAUGGAGCAGACUGACCAAGCGGUUGUGCUCCGCAGUGCCCACCGUCCAGGCGAAGCUCAGACGGUCACUCCCCGACCCGCGCCAACGCCAGGGGUCCUGCCCACUCCUAGGGUCCCACCCACACCUGGGGUCCCGACCACACCUGCGGCCCCGUGGCGCUCAGCCUCCACAACCAGCCGGCUGGCCCAUGCCACCGCCGGGAGGCUGGCCCAUGACACCGCCGGGCGGCCGGGCUCUCUUCCUAGAGGCUGGGCUGGUACUGGCCCUUGGCCUCCCUGGGGCCCUGGCUUCUUCCCGCCCCAGCCGCCCAGUACCAGUACCGAGCCGCCAGCGGCAGAGUCCAGCUCAGCAUGGCCGCAGGCACUGCAGCCUUCCCAGGCGGAGGCUCAGCACUUCCCGGCUCUUGACGAAAAAGAGGACGAAUAUUACACCCGGCACAGGAAAUUCGCUCAAGAUGAAGCCUCCAAGGAGGGAGCCCCCAAAGGUGGCGCCCCCAGGGAAGCCCCUAAGGGCCCCCAGUCUGCUGCCAUCAAACGAUUGAAAGUGACCGCUGCUAUGGCUGCCGCCGCGGCCAAAGCUUACGCAGUCGCUGCAACUUCAGCAGCUCGGACAGCUGAGGCCGUUGCCAAGGUAAUCAGGGAUGCCCCUGCCACCAAAAUGGCCACCUUAGCAACAACUGUAGCCGCAUCCGGGCCCUUUGGGGUCUUCGGAGAUGUCCUGGGAGCAGGGGCUGUCCGUGGGGCCACAAGCAUCACAGCCUUCAGUGAGGGCAGCGAGGAGCCGCCGGAGGAAGUGCCCGCGGACGUGGAGGCGGCGUCUGCGUACUCCGCUGCUAUGCUGGCUGCACAGCAGGCUGUCACCCCUGAAGACAAGAAGAGAGCAGUCAAGUAUUCCAUGAGCCACAUAGCCCAGAUCCCGGUGAGACACGACUCCCUGAAAGAAGAAUUCGCCCAGCUGUCAUCUAACCUGCAGAACCGGCUGACCUAUCUCGCCAACAUGGGAGGCUCAUCCCAGCUUGGAACGACAGUGGAAGUCUUGCAGGAGAAGGUCGGCAACCUCCAGAAAUCCAGGCUUAAGGAGGAGGAGCUUGAGAGAAUUUGGGGCAACCAAAUCGAGAUCAUGAAGGAUCACUAUGUCAUGCUGGACAGGACAGUGGACGAGCUCCAGCUUCGCAUGAACGACUUCAAGACUCUCCAGGCUCAAAUCCACAGGCUGGAGAUGAACAAGGUGAAUAGAAGCACACUGGAGCAGGAGCUGAGGGAGAAAGCUGACAGGAGCACCCUGGCAGGCAAGGCCAGCCGGGCUGACUUGGAGACGGUGGCGACAGAGCUGAAUGAGAUGAUUCGGAGCAUGCUCGUCAGGGUCAUGGCCCAUGAGGAUGACUGGAAGAAGGCUGUGGAGCAGCUCAGCAAGGACCUGAAGACCAGGCUAGUACACGGUGAUCUGGAGUCUCUGAAGAUGGACGUGGAGGAAGUCUGGAACGUGGUGAGGAGGCUGCUAGUUGAGGGUCUCCGGUUCGAUCCUGACAGCGCUGCUGGCUUCAGGAAGAAACUGUUCGAGCGGGUGAAAUGCAUUUCCUGCGACCGGCCGGUGGAGAUGAUGACCGGCCCACACCUGAUAACCAUCCGCAAAGCCCACCUGCUGUCUCGGCUGAGGCCCGCCAGUGCCAACAGUUAUGAGUACCUGCAGCGGCAGCAGAUGAGGGAACAGCAGCGGCUACGGCGCCAGGAAUUUGAGAUCCAGAAGGGAAGCCUGGACUCCCUGGGCUCCCCGCAGGACUGGGGGGAUGGCCCCCAAAAUGAAGCCAACCUCAAGUCAUGCAACCUGUCAACACUUUACCCCUACGGGGACCCCCAAAUGAUGGACUAUGACACCGCCGAGGUGGACAUCCUGGGAGUGGACGGGGUCCUGUACAGAGGCCGGAUGAGUAGCCAGCUGAGGCCCUCGCCUGCAGAGAAGGAGCUGGCAGCUGUGAAGACUCCUUGUCCUCCAUCCCGGAUCCUGUGUGACCGUGUGCGCCCCAGUGUCUUGCUUGGUGCCAUCUACCCCUCCCCAGGCCCCAGAACCAGCUCCGGCUCAAUCGCCUUGGGCUCUCACCCAGUGACGCCAGCCCGGCCGCCAUCCCCAGCAUCCCUGCCACUGCUGCCGCCACUGAUCCCACCCCUGCGGGACUCCCAGCAGGCCCUGGGGCCGGGCAGGCACUCGAGAGCUCUGCGCCUGUCCCCAGGCAGCAUGCAGGCCGCUGAGGACCCUGCUGACCUGUGAGCCCUGCCCCUGCCCCACCACAGCACAUACCCCCACGUCCCUGGCCAACCCAGGGCUCUGGGCCUGCCAGCAAAGGACAGAGGGGGCCUGGCCACAGGGAGGGGUCCCUGAUGGGACCCCACAUUAGCCCAGUGGCUCCUUGAACUCUAUGUGCAUAAAUACAAACAAGAGAAUCUUUGCUUUGUUUUGUUCUGUUUUGAAAUGAGAGACUUGGAUAGGGCCUCUCGGUGGCACAAUCCUCUUGCCUGCCGGUUGCCUAGGACUACAGGCAUGCGCCACUGUGCCCACCUGUGGGGUUGGGCCAGGACCCGGGAGAGGCUUCUGUGUGGCCUCAGCCCCCAGCGCGGCCUUCGCAGUGCACUCCGCGCGCUGAGCCGUGGUCCUCGUUCUAAUGCACUCAGCUUCCUACGGUGGCUUUUCCACCAAGCCUGUUUAAUUCCUUGACCGAUUUUCAAUAUGAUACAGCUAAAGUGGCUUUAAAAACCAUCACUUCCCUUUUACUAGCAGAAAUGAUUCCACUGGAACCAGUUCCAGUGACAGCUUCUCCACUGCAGUGUGCCCGGGCCCUCACGCGGGAAAUCGGCUCCCCAGAACCGAGUUGCUGUGUGCGGCCUUCCUUGUGGCCGUGUCUGCCGAGCUCGCUAUGGACGGGGUCUCGGGGCACUGCCCUGACCGUCUAAGCCCGCACCUUGGCUGACCCACGAGGAUGCUGCACCGUUCAGGCCAGGGUGUGCGGGCCUGUUUCUGUCCUGUUUCCACACUCACCCCGGUACGUGUGGUCGUGAUAGUCGCUGUGGCAUGGGGGUGGGGGGUGACCAGCCUUGGUGCAGAGCAAGGGCUCCCACACCCCCUCCUCUGGGCCCCCUCCAGCCUGUCCUCCUCGGCCCCCCCCGCCCUCCUGCUCUUUACUCUGUGCAGCUUUGCCCCUCUCUCCUUCCUUUUUUCCUGGGCGGUGGUGGUCGGAAGG